UUUUUUUUCUGUUUUAUGCCAGCAUUUCAUGCCUAUGGAAAAGCAGGAAAAAUGUUGGUGGAAACAAGCAUGAUUGGGCUGAUGUUGGGCACCUGCAUCGCUUUCUACGUCGUCAUCGGCGACUUGGGCUCCAACUUCUUUGCACGGCUGCUUGGAUUCCAGGUGUCGGGCAGUUUCCGGAUAGUCCUGCUCUUCGCUGUCUCCCUGUGCAUCGUCCUCCCCCUGAGCCUCCAGAGGAACAUGAUGGCCUCCAUCCAGUCCUUCAGUGCCAUGGCUCUCAUCUUCUACACUGUGUUCAUGUUUGUGAUUGUGCUGUCGUCCUUCAAGCAUGGGCUCUUCAGCGGGCAGUGGCUGCAGCGAGUGAGUUACACGCGCUGGGAGGGCAUUUUCCGCUGCAUCCCCAUCUUUGGAAUGUCUUUUGCCUGUCAGUCUCAGGUCUUGCCUACCUAUGACAGCUUGGAUGAACCGUCUGUCAAAAUCAUGAGCUCCAUAUUUGCUUCUUCCCUAAACGUGGUCACCACCUUUUACAUCACGGUGGGCUUCUUUGGCUAUGUGAGUUACACCGAAGCCAUUGCUGGGAAUGUCCUCAUGAACUUCCCUUCCAACCUGGUGACGGAGAUGAUCCGAGUGGGAUUCAUGAUGUCGGUGGCGGUGGGGUUCCCAAUGAUGAUCCUGCCCUGCAGACAGGCACUGAACACCCUGCUCUUUGAGCAGCAGCAGAAGGAUGGCACCUUCGCUGCUGGGGGUUACAUGCCCCCGCUCCGGUUCAAAGCCCUGACGCUGGCUGUAGUGUUUGGAACCAUGGUUGGAGGCAUCAUGAUCCCAAAUGUGGAGACAGUCCUGGGCCUGACAGGUGCGACCAUGGGAAGCCUCAUUUGUUUCAUCUGCCCGGCUCUUAUUUACAAGAAGAUCCACAAGAAUGCGCUUUGUUCACAGAUCAUCCUGUGGAUUGGGCUGGGAAUGCUGGUGAUCAGCACAUACACCACCCUGUCUGCCACCGAGGACACCCCUAUGAGGACAGAAGCAGUGGGCUUGGAGCACCUGGACAGAGAGGAGAGCAGAAUCGACCAGGAUUCAGUCAAAAUCCCAGAGCAGAACCCGGCAGUGGAGGAGCCCGAGGAUGACCGCGAUAAACCCAAACUGCUGGAGGAGAAGGAGAUGGAGCAGCCACAGAUCAAGGUGCCCAUGCAGGUGCCCAAGAGGGAGGAGGAGAGAGGAAAAGCAGAGGAGAAAGUGCAGCUGGACCGUCCCGAUCAAGGGAUUGCCCUGCCCGUGGGGGAGGCUCAUCGCCACGAGCCCCCAGUCCCACACGACGAGGUGGUCGUGGACAUGGGGCGGGAGCGGGAGGAAUCCAGCGAGAACAAGGCUGCUCCCGGAGGAGCCAACGGCCGCCUGCUGGAGGAGCCAGCCAGGCUGAACCCCCAGAAGGAGGCACCGGGCCCAAAACAAGGGAAGGAAGCGGUUGCUGAGAACCAGCAGCGGGGAGGGACUGCUGGGCCCGUCCAGAAGCCGGAGAAGGUCCUGGAGGCGGUGGUGCAGCGGGAUGGUGGGGAUGGCAGGCCGCCCUACAAGGAGCUGGAGCCAGGGAAAGCAGUGCUGGAAGCCAAGGAACAGGCUGCUGUGCCGGAUGGUGACACCGCUGAGGCCGCGGGUGACCGGGACAAGGCCCAGCUCCAGCUCCCCAGGAGAGCAGAGGAGGCCAGGAAGCCUGUGGAGAAGGAAGCAGAGCCUGGUGAAAAGCAGGAGCUGCCCCUCCCGGACAGAGCAGAUCUGCUGGAGAACCGGAACACCGAGGAGAAACAGGAGAAUGUGGAGAGCAAGCUGGGGGAAGCCGGACCAGCAAAACUGCUGGACCACAACGUGCUGCUGCAGGUGAUCAAGGAGCAGCAGGUGCAGCACAAGCAGCUCCUGGACCAGCAGGCAAAGCUGCUGGCGGUGAUCGAGGAGCAGCACAAGGAGAUCCACCAGCAGCGGCAGGAGGACGGGGCAGAGGAGAAGCCAAAGCCAGUGGAAGCUCAGCCAGAUCCUGCUGUGCCCCUCUCCAGGAGCAGGGAGGACGAGGGCCUGGGAGCCAAGGGAGACACGGCCGGGAAGCUGCCGAGCAAGGAGCUGCCGGAGCAGCCCGAGCAGCGCCCAGGCCGGCAACCCCCCGGGGCCACUGAGCAGCACAGGGACACUGUGGGGAGGCUGGAGGAGCCUGGGCACAGGCGAGACAUUCCUGGGGCUCCUCCCAAGGAGCGGAAGGUGCUGCCGCAGGAGAAUGACAGAGCUGUUAGGAAUCCUGCGGAGAACCGGGAUCCCGUCCAUGGGGAUGCCCAGCGCCUUCCAGCAGCCAGAAACCACCUGGAGAAGAAGCCCUUGGCGGAGGAUUUGGGAGGAGAUCAUGAAGCCAAAGCUGGAAGAGACGUCCACGAGAAGAAGAAUUUCCUGAAACCCGUGGAAGCAGCAACAGCUCCCAUCCAAAGAGAACAGCCGAGGGCUGCCAAAGUUCAGGGAGUAGCAGGAAGGAGUUUGGAAAGAGACUCAGGAAUAGACCUUAAAGCCAAAGCUGUGAGUCAGGUGGAGCCCAAGGACCUGGCAGUGGCGCCGGACUCUUCCAGUAACAGGAAUGUGGCAGCAAGGGAGCAGCACCCCCGGGAGCAGCGGAGAGGGGCGGAGGCUGAGGGAGCCGCGGGCGCGCUCGGGCGGCAGUGGGACCCGCCCGGCCACGGGCACGGGAAGGAGGAGGAUCCCCGGGAGGAGCCGCGGGGCCAACAGGGCGGUGGGGGCGGGGGUCCCUCUAACGGCGCCGACAGGAAACCCGGCCCCGAGGAUGCUCCGGCCCCGAAGGCUGAGAACGGAGCGGUCGCUCCCCGGGAUCCGCAGCCGGAGCGUGACAUCAAACCCAACCGGGACCUGAAGCUGCAGGUGGGCCUGGACCUGCGCCGGAGGAGACGGGACCUGCUGCCUCCCGACCAGGAGGAAGAGGAGGAGGAGGAGGAGGAGGAGGAAGAGGAUGCACGGGGGGCCGGGGGGGUCCUGAUUGGCCUGGACCCCGUUCCCGACGUGAAGGUGAACGACUUGCGGAGCGCGCUGGACACGCGGCUGAGCGGGGUGGCCGAGGGCGCCCAGCACCUGGUGCGCAGCCGCCACAUCCAGCAGGUGACACAGGACAGGGGCCCGUGACGGGGAUUUGGGGUCGUGCUCAGGCACAGGGAGGUCUGAGCCAGCGGCGCUUUGCUGGGCACAGCACUCGGAUCCGCGGGAUCCCCUUGGAUCCAGGAGCACCACCCCGAGGGCUCCUGCAGCGGCAGCCCCAGCACGUGCCUCUGGGCAGCUGAGGUGAUGGUGACGCUGGAAGCGACAUUCCUGCUGCCCUUGCCUUCCAGAGCUCCCCCUGCCUCGGCUUCCUGCCAAGCUGCUGCUCCAAGGACCUUUUUCAGCAUCUCAUUCAUAUCGAAUUGCCUUCUCCAGCCAUCUCCCAGCUCCUCUCAGAACCAGGAAGGGGCUCCACCAGGAAGGGGCUGUGCUGAGGGGACCCAGCAUCCACACCUCGGGAAGGGCUUUAUCCCAGAGGAGCCGUGAGCUGAGGACCAGCAGAGCCAACAGUGCCAGAAUUGGAUGGGGAGUGGAGCCCUGUGUGUUUGGAGACAGUUGUGGUUUGGGAACCUCAUUUAGUAGAAACGCUGCCUUAACUGGGCACAACUCCUGCCGUUGUGCUGCCUCUGUCCCAGGGAUGGGAUUCCUUGGCCACACGCUGGAGUCACAGGAGCUGCGUUCCCGCUGCCCUCCCUGGGAGCUCUCUGUGCUCUCCAGCUCCACUUCCCCUCUCCAAAGUGCAUUAAGAAGCUCAAUUCCCCCCACCCCUUCCUGGCCCAGCUUGGUUUUUCUGCUGGAGAUGAUUAAUUUGGGAACAAGCCGGGCAGAUCCGGGGCCUCGGCUCACGCACACCUACCUCUGCCCAUGUUCCAUGUGCUCUUCCCAACACCCCAGGCCUGUUCUGCAUCCAGAGAGAUCCCUGCUCCAGCCCUGGAAAUGCUUUUGAUGAGUGAGGAAGGGAAGAGCUUCCUGAGAGCCCUGGGUGGUUUCAGGCUCCCAGUUUUGGGAGUGUUUUGGGUUUUUGUGUUUUUACAUCCUGACCUGCGAAUGUACAGAAUCCAACCCCAAAGCUCUCCCUAGACCAGCUGAGAAUUCCCAGCCUGGAGCCCUCAGACCUCAUCACUGUGGUGGGUUUUAUAUCCCUCUCUCCAAGUGUCUUUGGGGACCUCGAGUCUGUGGCCGAUGGGACCCCGUGGAGCCGGGAUGGGGUGGGACCCUGCCUGCCUGGUGCUCCCGGGAUGUCACAGCCCAGACCCACGGGAGUCCUUUGGGAAGACCCCCUGGAAUGCCAUGGCCUUAAACCCCCAGGACCCCCCACAUCCCAACGAGCUUCUCCAUUAAUGCUGUCGUCAAGCACAAGCGCCAGGAGCCCCAGAGCUGCUCCAAGGACAGGGAUGGGUUCUGGAGCACGGCUCCAGCUCUGCCUUGGGACAUAGAUCUGGGCAGGGAUGGGUUCUGGAGCACGGCUCCAGCUCUGCCUUGGGACAUGGAUCCGGGCUGUGUCCCUGUGGCACCAACCAGCCUUCCUGAAGCAAGAGGGAGCCGGACCCGGGUCGGCUCCUUCACCCCCUUUGCUGCCGGGUCAGACCCGCCUGUUUGUUGUUCUCCGUGUGAACACAAAGGACCAAAGAUGCUCCUGACAUUCCUCCUGCCAGGAACAGCUCCCCCGGGGC